AUGUUCAAGUCGCUCGGCCUGCUGGCCAAGCUGCCGUGCCCGGACCAUGCUAACGGCGAGUGCGAGAAUAAGCGGGCGCUGUGCCCGUUCUCCCACAAGCCUCUGCCACCAGCAGCACCGAGCACAGCCAAUGGUGUCGCGAGCGCAUCCAGCAGUCGGCUGCCAUCAUCCGGCGCAGAUACUCAGCGUCAAGUCGUCUCCAACACACUGAAAAGGGCGGGACCCAGCUCAUCUACACCAACCACUGCGACGACGCCAGCAGCAGCAGCAGCCGCAAGCAGUCUUUCCGGCCCACCGUCCAAGAAGGCCAAAAAUGCGUAUACCGCCACCAAGCCCGUCGCCACCUCGUCGACCGCAUCUUCGACUGCAGCGAGCAGCAAGGACAGCAACGAAUGGUCUCUCGUCGGCAUCAAGCCUCCUACGAUCGGGUUCAAAGAGCAUCCGUCCUCUUCUCAGAUCCCGCUCUCUGCGAGACAAAAUGGCCUCAAGGCGUUCUACAAUGCAUUCCUCGAGGCGUACGAGCCCAUACUGCAGAGUGCGCAUGCGGUGGUGGCGGCGUGCGGACAGCACCUCUGCCGCGACCAUGCGCUUGCGCAGGAGCUCGAGCACUUUCACAAGGCCAACAAGGCGAGCUACAAGAGCAGCAGCAUCACGCUCCUCGUCGGCCUCAAGAAGCGCGACAAGGAAGCGCUUCAAGCCGCCGCCCAAGCCGCCGCUACUGAAACGCGCAGUCACGGUGGCGAUGCGGACCUGCCUGCGAUCAUCAUGCGCUUCCUAUCGGAAAAGUGCACCGAGAUCGGCACGGCGUCGCAGGUGGAUCAGAAGCGCAAAGAGGCUGCAGCACGACGGUCCGGCAAGCUCGAUCGCAGGAGACUGGAAGACGCCGGAUUCGUAUGUCCCGUCGAUCAGCUUGAAAAGUUCGAAUAUACGGCCAGCAUCCCGCCCGAAUGGCAGGCGGAGGGGAGCAGCAAGCCGGAUGCGACGGGCGAGGUCAAGGAGUGCGAGCGGUGCGCCAACAAGUUCACCGUUGGCGGCGAGAUGAACGACGCCGGCACCGAGCGGAUUCCGCGCGACCCCAAGGAAUGUCGAUACCACUGGGGCAAGCGACGCUUCGAGAAGCUGCCGGGGAUCAAGGGCCGCGUGCAGGUGUGGACGUGCUGCAACAAGCAGAUUGGGGGCAGUGCGCUGGGCGACGACAGCUGCUGUUUUGGCCCGCACGUAUUCAAGGAGACUGCGGGACUCGACUUACACCGACGCGAAGCAUUCAUCACCACCGAGCAGCUGAUGGAGUCGGUGCGCGACGACGACCAGGCUACGCACGAGCCUCUGGAGAUUGUGGCGCUCGACUGCGAGUUGAGCUACACGACUUCUGGGCUUACGCUGACGCGGUUGACGCUGGUGGAUGAGGAGGGCGCGAUGAUCCUGGACGAGCUGGUGCGCGCACGCACCGAAGUGGUCGACUACAAUACGCGCUUCUCGGGCAUCACGCCGGAAGAGUACGAAGCCAAAGCGGUGUUCUCGCUCGAGCAGGUGCGCAAGACCAUGGCCAGGUUCAUUGGGCCCGAUACGAUCCUUGUGGGUCACGGACUGGAGAACGAUCUGCGCGCCAUUCGGCUCGUGCACCACAAGGUGGUGGAUACGGUCAUGCUGUACCCGCAUGCGCGCGGCUUCCCCUUCCGCACCUCGCUCCGGGACUUGACCGCCAAGCAUCUGGGCAAGAUCAUCCAGAACGGCACCAGUCUCGGCCACUCGUCGCUCGAGGAUGCACUCAUGUCGCUCGAGCUCGUGAGGUUCAAGAUGGUCAAUGACCCCACGUCUCCUUUUGCUUCGGCCAAGGAGGGCAAGGGCAAGGACGACACCGAGGCCAAGGACAAGACGGCGGGCGUGACUGUGCCGGCAGCGGCACCUGCGCCGCGCACCAGCCUGUUUGGCGCCACGUUGGCCAACGACAGCGCGCGCUCGGUCUUUCAAAAGUAG